UGACAUACAGGAAGAGUUUCCUGCAUAGGUGCUGUAGUUUCUGAACAGAUAUGCACUGAGUCACUUGCUCAAGCGCAAGCAAACCACUCACACAGGAUCUCUGUGUGUCAAGAUUUUUGAGGAGUAGUGGUCAGCAAGUGUACACCAAUUUUUUGGCUGUCACAAUGCUGCAGGAAGGCAAUUUAACCUUGAACGAAUCCUGUAAGAUUCACGAUGGCAUACUUUCACCCUUCGUGCCCAUUGGCUACAUUGUCAUCUGUUGCAUCGGUCUGCUCUGCAACACCAUCACCCUUUACAUAUUUUUCCUUCGGCGGCAUACAGACUCUUCUAUGGCAGUAUACAUGCGGCAUCUCGCCCUGGCAGACACUCUACUGGUCCUGUGUUUACCCUUUCGGGUUUACUACCACAACAAAGUCGGUCCCUUCUACUUGUGCAAGGUGGUGGGCAUCUUCUUCUACAUCAACAUGUAUUCCAGCAUCCUGUUUCUCAGCCUCAUCAGUCUGGAUCGCUACUUGAAAAUCGUGAAGCCCGUUUGGGUGUUCCGGAUCCAGAAGACAAAGUGGAGCCACAUGGCAAGCUACAUCAUCUGGGGUGUCCUCCUUUCAGGAACGAUCCCCAUUUUGAUAAGCGACAGUCACAAACAUCCGUGCGACAAAGUUUGCUUCCACUUUCGCAGCAAGGGGACUAUCGGUGGGAUCAUUAACCUGACAACAGUGGUGCUCUUCCUUGUUUUUUAUGUGGCCUUUCUUUGUUUUUAUGUGAAGAUAACUAAUAAACUCAUGACUAUGUCCAUGGGCAAUGGUGACUCUAAGGCACAGAGUCGCAAAAAGAGGGUCAUCAUGAAGACUUUAUUGGUACUGGCCAUUUUUACUUUGUGUUUCUUGCCUUACCAUGCAAUUCGAAUCCCAUACAUUCUGGCUCAGAUGAACGUGAUCGGGGAUCUUCAUAGCCAACAAUUGUUGCACAUCUUAAAUGAGAGCACCUUGCUACUGUCCACUCUAAAUAGCUGCCUAGACCCAAUUAUCUAUUACUUCUUAAACAGUGCGUACAGGAAAACUAUACUCUGUGCCAUUCAGGGCAAGUUUAAAAACAUGUAUGCUUUAAACAGAAGGAGAAUCAGCAUAAACCGCUCGAUUACUGAAAUUUAGCUUUAAUGGAUGACUUUUCCAUUUGUGACUACAUGAAUCAAAUUUUGUAGAUUCAACAAUCUAAGAUAUUUAGUUUUAACUGAUGUACUCUAUUGAUUUGGGCACACAUGACUGAAUUUGUUUCAGAUGAUCUAAAAAAAACUGCAACACUUUUACAGUGCAAUACACUGUUAUUGUAAAAUGCAGGAAGUUAUAAUGAAUUAAAAAUAAGCAGGUGUGUCUAAACCUCUAGUAGUGUACGUGUGUUUAAGAAUUCCUUUAGAGUUUCUGUAAAUAUUGAAUAUGUAGCUGUAGCAUUUGCACAAGCAUUGUUCUCAAAUGGGUUCGCUUUGAUUAAGAUUUUGUGGUUGUCCCAAAAACAAUAACAAAAUGGUUUAUUUAAAAUGAAGAAUGGAUAUUGGUAUGAAACUGCACAGGCCCAAUAACACAUACAGUUAUUUACAUGAUAUAGGCUAAAUUGAAAAAUGAGAGGUUGAUAAAUGUGUUAUUUCAGUACUUUUAUGUUUUCUGCAGACACAAAUUAAAAACAAAUUGUGUUUGACACAAAUCCUCAUCGUAAGUGAACCUAGAGGUUCAUUUUUUUGUUCAUUUAUCAUAUUUUUGGGGAUGUCACAGAACAUGUCAGUGUUGGCAUCUGUAUUAUUUGUCUAGCUUCUACCAAGAAAAAUAUUAAUCUAAUUUUAGAUGCACAGCUGAGCUGUUGACUUUAACAACAAGAUAUGGGAAACAUUACCAAUCAAUUGAGAACCCCUGUGUUUGAGAACCCUGACUGUUUAUUUGUGGAUAGACUUUUUAACAUUUCCUUGAUUAAUGCAUUUUACUGAGAGCAUGACAUUUAA